AUGGAGCCCACCCGAGUGAUCCGUGCCGCGGCGCUGUGCCUGGCGCUGGCCACCUUCGGCCUGCUGGUGCUGUCUCACGAUGCCCGGGCCCGGCCAGGGUCGACGAGGACCGGCGAGCGCCGGCCCCUGUCGCCCGAAGACCCGCAAGUGCAGAUGGCAGCGCAGGCGGCCGUGGCCACCUACAACAUGGGCAGCAACAGCCUCUACUACUUCCGCGACACGGACAUCAUCCAGGCGGAGAGCCAGCUGGUGUCCGGCAUCAAGUACUACCUGCUGGUGGACAUGGGCAGCACUGCCUGCCGCAAGACCGCGGUGACCGGGGACCGCCAGGUGAACCUGUCCGUCUGCCCCCUGGCCACCGGUGUGGAGGAGGAGAGGCUGCGCUGUCAGUUUGAGAUCCUGGUGGUUCCCUGGCAGAACUCGUCCCAGCUCCUCAAGAACCACUGUGUGCCUUUGUGAAUUCCUGGGUCCCCACGACAGGCGUUCUGGGGGGCGGGGGUGGGGGUGGAGUGCUCUGGAGAGUCCCCCCGGGCCAUGUCCCAAUAAAGUGCUAACUGCUUCCUG